AUGAAAGUCUCAAUAAUUAUAGUCUCUGUAUUAAUAAUUUCAUUUUCAGUUAUUAUCACUCAUCAAGCUCCUCUCAACAAUGAAAAUACCAAUAGUACGGAUAAUAAUGAUUCAAGAAAGUGUAAUGGAUAUUCAGAAUUUUGUAAUCGAAAUUAUUCAUCUAUAACAUUUGUGGGAACUCAUAAUUCAUAUGCAUCAGGAAGUCAAGCUGCGGCUAAUCAAGUUUUCGAUAUUCCAACUCAAUUAAAAGAUGGAGUGAGAGCUUUUUCACUUGAUGGUCAUUAUAAAAAUGCUACGGAUAAAACUUUAGAAAUAUGUCAUACCAGUUGUGGUUUAUUAGAUGCUUAUAGUAUCGUAGAAGGUUUAAAGAAUUUUACCACCUUUUUAGAAAAUAAUCCGAAUGAAGUUAUUACAAUUUUUUGGGAAAAUUUUGAUAAAAUUACUGCUAGUGAAUAUAAAGAUGCUUACGAUCAAGCAGAUUUAACAAAAUAUGCUUAUACACCAGAAAGUACAACUGAAUGGCCUACUUUAUCUUCAUUAAUUGAUAGCGAUAAACGACUUAUUAAUUUUAUUGAUACUGGAUAUGAUUCUAAAUUUGAAUAUGUAUUCGAAACUCCAUUCGAAGUUUCCUCACCAGAUUCUUUUACUUGUACAAUCGAUCGCCCAAAAGGAGGAUUACAACGUCCUAUGUAUUUAAUUAAUCAUUUCGUUCAUAAUACAGUAGUAAUAGGUGGUAGUGAUGUAGAAGUCGCACAAAUUAGUACAGCUAAUACAACUAAUUCUAAUAAUCUUAAAGAUCAUAUAGAAAAAUGUCAAACUACAUUUUCUAGAAUACCAAAUUUUGUGUUGGUAGAUUUUUAUGAUAAAGGAAUUAUUGAUGAAAAUGGUAAUAAUGUCAAUGUAUUUUCUGUAGUAGCAGAUAUAAAUAAUGUAACUUAUGUUUAUAAAGAAUUAGGAAAUGAUAAUAAUAGUAGUGAUAAACCAAAAAAGAAUGGAGGAAGUAGAAUUAGUGAUAAAUUAAUAUCAAAGAAUAGUAUGUUUGCUUUAUCUGUUAUAAUCGUUUUUGUAAUAUUUGGAUUUUAA